AUGUUUGUUCGACUGUUGGUUUCAUCGUGUCUUUUAAUACUUGUUGUUCUAUCAGCAUUAAUAAAUAGUUCAAAAGGUCAAACGUUUGAUGACCUCAAAUUACAAAAACAAGAACCUCCUGAUUAUGAUGAUGAUCUCAAUGAUCCAAAAUCCUUAGGAAAUAAUGGUGAAGGUAGCGGUUUAGGUGGAGGUGAGGCAAGUCUCGAUGAAUAUGCUGAUGAUGAAGAAGAAGAAGAAUUAUUAAAGCUUGCUUCUAAAAUUCCUAGUACUACUUCUACUACUAGUAAAACAACUACAACUACUACUACUACUUCUACUACAACUACAACAACCACUAUUACGAUUAGAACAAUAACAACAACAAGAAAAUCAACAACUAAACCUACAACGACUACUAGAACAACAAUUUUAUUAACUCCAUGGACGAAACCAACAUUCAAUCAUGAAUCGCGUACCGGAAAAAAUCGAAGUAUCACAACAACAUUAGCAACAUUCAACGAUCUAGAUGCCAGUGAAUUUAAAGAUGAUCAAGAAGAAUAUCCGGAUGAACUUGAAGAUGAUCCUGAUUAUAAUGAAUUUCUACAAACAACUAAAGUGUCUACAACAACAUUUUCAACAACACGAUAUUCAAUUCCAAUAACAACAACACGUCACUCAUCACCUGCCAAUCAUACAGCAUCUAUUUGGGUACUAUUUAAAUUUUUAACACGCCCACCUAUUGCAGCUGGUAUUCUUGCUGGCUUAGCCAUCGGUAUUUUCACAUCAGUGCUUCUUCUUGUCUGUAUUAUUCAACGUUAUCAUAAACGUGACAAGUCUCAUUCAUCGUAUUCAACAGGUUUACUUUAUCCUAAUCAAUAUGGUUAUUCAAAAUCACCUCAAGAAUUUUAUGCUUAA